AGUCCCAGAAACUAGAGAGGAGAGAGGCUUCUAGGCUCCGAGCUCGACGACGACACAAGCCGAAGCGUCUCGCCUGUGCGGUUGCGAGCGUGCGAGGGGCAUUAGAGAUGGCGGCGAAGAAGGUGCUCCUGCUCUGCGGCGACUACAUGGAGGACUACGAGGUCAUGGUCCCGUUCCAAGCGCUGCAAGCGUAUGGCGUCUCCGUGGAUGGCGUCUGCCCCGGCAAGAAGGCCGGCGACGUCUGCCGCACCGCCGUCCAUCAGGGGAUCGGCCACCAGACAUACUCUGAGACAAGAGGUCAUAAUUUUGCACUGAAUGCUUCAUUUGAUGAAAUUGGUGCUAAUGGAUAUGAUGGAUUGGUAAUCCCUGGAGGCCGUGCACCAGAAUACCUUGCAAUGGAUGACAAGGUGCUUGACUUGGUCAGAAAAUUCUCUGAUGCUAAGAAACCUAUCGCAUCAGUUUGCCAUGGACAGUUGAUUUUGGCAGCAGCAGGAGUAGUUCAGAACCGCACCUGCACAGCAUAUCCAGCUGUUAAACCAGUUUUGGUUGCUGCUGGUGCUAAGUGGGACGAACCUGAUACCAUGGCAAAAUGUUCUGUUGAUGGCAAUCUCAUCACUGCAGCGACUUAUGAUUCUCAUCCUGAAUUCAUCAGCCUAUUUGUCAAAGCACUUGGAGGCUCUGUUGCAGGCUCAGACAAGAAAAUUCUGUUCCUCUGUGGGGACUACAUGGAGGAUUAUGAGGUUAUGGUCCCAUUCCAAUCCCUUCAAGCUCUUGGCUGCCAUGUCGAUGCUGUUUGCCCUGACAAGGGUGCUGGGGAGAAGUGCCCAACAGCCAUUCAUGACUUUGAAGGUGAUCAAACUUACAGUGAGAAGCCUGGUCAUGAUUUUACUUUGACAGCAUCAUUUGAAAGUAUGGAUGCUUCAAGCUAUGAUGCACUUGUGAUUCCUGGGGGAAGGGCUCCUGAGUAUCUGGCUCUGAAUGAUAAGGUCAUUAGCUUGGUCAAGGGCUUCUCAGAUAAAGGAAAGCCAAUUGCAUCGAUCUGCCAUGGACAGCAGAUUUUAUCCGCUGCUGGAGUCCUUAAGGGAAAGAAAUGCACGGCGUACCCGGCCGUGAAGCUGAACGUGGUGCUCGGGGGCGGAACCUGGCUGGAGCCUGACCCGAUCGACCGCUGCUUCACCGACGGCAACCUCGUGACGGGCGCAGCUUGGCCUGGGCACCCGGAGUUCGUCGCCCAGCUCAUGGCUUUGCUGGGCAUCAAGGUCUCCUUCUGAACUGAAGGAUGAGAGAGCUCCGAGCGCUCCUGGGCGCAGCUGGGCAAGGUGGUGUAGCUUCGGGCCUCCACACAGAACUAGAUGAUAUACUCGAUACUAUACCCUGGUACUGUUGUAUUGUCGUCGUUUCACUCGUUUGGGCUUGACAAUAAAGGCCUUUUCUGUCCUAAUAUAAUGUCUCGGACUAGCUGGGCUUUCGUUGA